AUGGGAGUUGAAUUGAAGUUGCCUGAUGAACUUAAGCCAUGUCUUGUUGAGGACUGGGAACUGAUAAACAAGCAUAAGCAGUUAUUCCAACUCCCUGCUGAGAAGAAUGUAGAUACUAUUCUCGCGGAGUAUGUCACUUUUGUGAAAUCACAGGGAAAGGCUGAUGAUAGGGAAUAUUCUGUUGAUGAACUUGUAUAUGGAAUAAGAGAGUACUUCAACAGGAUGCUGUGCACCCAGCUACUCUGCAAGUUUGAAAAGCCCCAGUUUGCCGAAAUCCACCUGGCUUAUCCUCAUAUUCCAAUGUCUCAGGUUUAUGGGGCUCCACACCUCCUACGAUUAUUUACUCAAACUGGGACUGUAUUGACCCAUUCCCUCCUUAGUAGGCAUAGUCUUAUGCAAGUGUCUAGGUAUCUGCACGAUUUCCUUAAAUACCUAGCCGAGAAUUCCACUUCUCUAUUUAGUGCCAGCAAUUACAAAGUGGCUUCUGCUGAGUAUUGUUGCCAAGCCCUGUAA